GUUCGCUGGGGGUGUCAAAACGUGUCGUGCCGAAGUUCGCGUUCUACGCGCGUCCGUUGAUGAACGAUCGAAUCGCCCUAGUUUCAGUGAUUCACAACUACGAAUUGAUCUGUACUUCAGGUGUUUUGUUCAUUCCAGCAGAGUUCAAAGUGAUUUGUGGAAGAUGGACAAUGCAGCAUACAGGUGAUGUUGUGAAGCUUCUACCAAGAAGAGUGCAACAAUUUCUAUCAUUUUAUGUUGUGUUAUUAGUAAGUGAUAAGUGAGUUAAAUAAUAAAAAAAGUAUUGAAGAUCAAAACCAUGGCUCUGGUAAACUACACACUGCCAUUCGGUAGCAUACAGUCUCCCGGUUGGGCAACGGUAAGCCCAAUCCAUAGCCAACACGCAUCGGCAGUGAACAAUCUGCUCUACGGACCUACCGGUCAUCAGGAGGACGAUCCAAACGAUCAAGGUUUCUACGACAAUAGUCCUUAUUCACCUCCGCAGCAGCAUCGCCAGCAGCAGCAAAGUGCUCCUCAGCAGAGUUCCCAGUACCGACAAGCCCCUAGAAACAAUUAUCUGCCCCCUGCCCAGCAGUCAUACACGCAACCUCCCCCAAAACAGCAGGUAUAUCAACAGCCGCAACUUCAACCACCCCAAACAUCUAGAACAUACGGCGAGGGAUCCUAUUCUCAGGCUCCCUCCCGAGGUAACCCUCAGCAUCAAAAUCCCAGCUACUACAAUCCGGGCGGGUACAAUCAGCAACCGAAGCAGCAACCAUCUAGCUACAACGUGCCCAACCAACAGCCGCCGAAUAAUUACCGCGGCAAUGGUGGGCCUCCUCCACCACCCCCGCCACCCAAAAUCCCACAAACGCAAGCCACACCACCUCCAAGUCGGAUUCCACCGCCUCCCGUGAGUAGUGGUCGCGGUAUUAGCAGUACCUCCGCUGGUGGUGCCUUUCCGGAGCGACCACCCGGUUUCGUUAAAGUGAAUGCCGGUCAAGGUUCGCGAACUCAAGUGCAUGCCGUGCUGGACUACGACGACGACGAGGAAGAAUACUACGACGACGACGACGGGGACAAUGGUUCACCGAACGCGGCCGGUCGAGUUCCUGAUAACCGUAAAAAUUCUCGUAUGCCAACGGUAACCCCAAUCCAGGGUCCAAUAUUUCUCAAGAAUGGAACAGUUCCUGUCGUGCCAUUAUUUGCAUAUCCUCAAGUCAGCAACGGGACGUUCGUCCAGAUACCGAUCUGGUGGACGGCCCUAUCACUAGCGCUUGGUCUCAACGUGCGAGGAGAUGUAAUUAAAGGUGUUCCUUGUGUUAAGAAAAAUCAUCAGCUGUUCUGUCCAACGGCGGGCAACAGUUAUCCAAUAGAUAAAAUCGAAACGUUCAUCGACGAGAAUAAGGCGCUGAUGAAGCGAAUGUACGGUGACUUUGAAAUGUCGUCACGGAAUCCUCCGCAGCAGCAGAGCCGAAAACGCAAACGUCACCUACAGGAAGCCGAUGAUCACUUCACGAUACUGCCGGAGCUAAUGGAUCUGUACGGGGUGCCAGGUUCUCCGGAUGCACCGGAAAUGUUUGUCGGUGGCGGAGGCGAUUCCUACUUUGGUAAGCUGCGCAAUAAAAGACAAAGUCAAAAUCGUGGCGGAGGAGGAGGAGGCGGUGGUGGAGGAGCAGCUGCGAAUGGAGGGAGUAGUAGUAAUAGUAAUGGCGGUAGUAACAAUCGGUCCAACGGACGACAAGGUUCAUCCGAUAGCGGCAGCGGUGAAAGUACGGGGAGGGUCGACGCUUGUGAAUCGAAAAUCGAGAUCGUUACACCCUAUUGGGCUUCUAAUUCAGCCGGAAAAGUGCGGGCCAUUGUAAAUACACAGCAUUUCGAGCAAGCCAUUCACCAGGAAGUUUGUUCGAAAACUCAAACAUCUCGCUGUUCCGGAGAUUGUGGCUGCGAGCAAAAAUACAAAUGGCACCGGUUGCUGGCUUAUGAUCCGGAUAACGACUGCAAGGGUAUUUUUAUGGACUGGUUCCUGUUUCCCUCGUGCUGCGUUUGUCGAUGUAACCCUUAGAAAAUUCGCGUUGGAGAGAACGAAAAAAAAACGUCUAGAAAUGAUUCAAUUCGGAACAAAGUCAUGUUUUUAUUUUAGAAUAGUGAUGAUGUGCUUUUUAGAUUAGUGCUGUAUGUUCUAGUGAUAGAUAUAGGCAAAGGCGAAAACUAUACGAAAGAGAUUCAACCAUUUUUUUAAUACUGUUUCAUUACUAAGUUUAGAUAGUAAUUUGUAAUUUGGAGUAACAGUUACCACUUACACGAACGAGGGAACAUAGCCAAAUUGUAUUACGAAACGGGCGAACUUUAAUAAAGUGCUAGGAGAAGAUGCGUUACCUAUUUAGAGACAACUAGGUUUCAUCGUUAAAACUAAGUUAUUGUCUGUAAAUAUUUAGAUUAAAUUAUUCAUAUGAACAA